AUUUUUUAUUUUAAUGGACAAAUAAACAGCUGCCAGAACACUCAACUCCCUUGCCUGACAAACCAAACUCAGGGCCCAUUUCUUUGAGCACUAACGUGGUGUAGCAGUAAGCUAGUAGCGGUAACUGUCAACAAGGACAGGGGUUAACCUGCGGAUAAACGUAAUUAAAGACUUGUAACUUAUAAAUAAGUCUGGUUCUUGCUAGUGGGAAAUCACUUCCUAAGCGUGUCUGCUUCUGACUGGAGGACAUGCUGUGAGGGACGACAGCCCUGAAGCGAAUAUGUUGGCUGCCGGCAGCCGCUUGGUGAGCUCUGCUGCCCGGUUGCUGCUGCCGCGGAGAGCGGGAUGCAGCUGGUGUCCAUCCAGGCACAUUUCUGUCAAACCAGGAGGUUUGAAACCCAGGAAGCUUCCUGCUCGGUACCUGGGCCAGCCCAGUCCCCACACCCAUCCUCACCUCAUCAAACAUGGUGAGGUGACCCCAGGCGUGACCCAGACAGAGUUCGAGCUCCGCAGACACAGGCUGGCCUCCCUCAUUGAGGCGCAGGCUGAUAAGCUGGGACCUUCUGCCUCCUCCUGCAACCACGUGGUUAUCAUCUUGUCCCAUCCGACCUGCUACAUGAGCAAUGACAUCCCUUACCCGUUUCAUCAGAAUCAGGAUUUCCUCUACCUCACUGGAUUCCUAGAACCUGACAGUGCCUUGGUUCUUCACGGGACAGGUCGACCAGACCAGCCCAUCUUGUUUGUCCCCCGCAGAGAUCCGGGAAGAGAACUGUGGGACGGCGCCCGGUCCGGGAAGGAUGGAGCCACUGCUUUAACAGGCAUAGAAAGAGUUCAUCACACAGAAGAGCUGGGUCUGUUUUUGAAGAGCCUGAAAGGAUCUCAGCUGUGGUACGACAGCUCUCCGCCCGCCCAUCCGCGUCUCCACCAGUCGCAUGUGCUCCCCACGCUGGAAGGGGGGCCGACCGUGCGCACACUCAGACCCCUGGUCCACUCGCUCAGGGCCCUGAAGAGCUCCGCAGAGGUGGCGCUCAUGCAGGAAGCAGGGCGGAUCACAACACAGGCUUUUAGGAGGACGAUGGCUCUGUGUGGAGGAGAGGUUGAUGAAGCUGUGCUGUUUGCUAAGUUUGAUUUUGAGAAUCGGAUCAAUGGUGCCAACUUCCUGGCUUAUCCUCCUGUGGUUGCUGGAGGGAAUCGAGCCAACACUCUGCACUACAUUAACAACAACCAGAUUAUCAAGGAUGGCGAGAUGGUCCUGCUGGAUGGCGGCUGCGAGUUCUUUGGUUAUGUCAGUGACAUCACUCGAACGUGGCCUGUGAACGGGAAAUUCAAUCCGAUCCAGGCGGAGCUGUACGAAGCUGUUCUGGAGGUCCAGCACUCCUGCUUGUCUCUGUGCUCUCCGGGCGUCAGCCUCGAUCACAUCUACAGUACUAUGCUGGCUCUGCUGGGCCGACAGCUGAAGCGGCUGGGCAUCCUCAAGGCGGGCGCCAGCGAUGCUGAUGCUCUGAAGGCUGCAAGACGCUACUGCCCCCACCAUGUUGGUCAUUACCUUGGCAUGGAUGUACACGACACUCCUGAACUGUCACGUUCACAGCCUCUUCAGCCAGGAAUGGUCAUCACUAUUGAACCAGGGUUGUACAUUAGUGAAGAGAAUGAGGAGGCGCCAAAGCACUUCCGUGGUCUGGGUGUCAGGAUUGAGGACGACGUCGUGAUUAGAGACAAAGGAGGACCUCUGAUUUUGUCCUCUGAUGCACCAAAGAGCAUUGCUGAUGUAGAGAAAGCCUGUGCCGUGAGAUAAAUCAUGGAGUGAACUGGGGCUGACUGGUCUGGAUCUCUGUGGCCUGCUUCACUUAAAGUUGUCUCCAUCAAGCUCAGGGCCCAGGAGCACCAAAGAUGGAACUCAACCUGGUGUUCGGCAAAGGUUUGAGACUUUGCAGGUGCUGUUACUUUCUGCUUAAAGCGUUGCUGCACUGAACAGUGUUUACAAAAUGUACAAGGCCAGGAGUGUGCAUUUCCUGAAUAGUAACCAUGCACAAACAUGGCUUCAGUAGUAGUUAUAAAGAUAAAUGGACAGUAAAGGCUGAUUCAGUUGAGUGUAAAGAGUAAAACUGUGAUAUAUGCAUGAAUAACACUCAUGAUCGUGUGCAAUAAAUCCUUUGUUCUGGGAGUAUUUAAACUUUCACAAUCAAAAUUUACCUUUUUAACCAGCUUUGAUAAUUUUCUCUUACAGAAUUGUCCCCUUUAUAUAUUUUUAAAUGUCGCUAGUACAUUUUACAGAUCAAAUGUGAAAAAGUUAAAAACAAGCUGAACCUUUAAUGUGUUGUGUAUGUGCAUUAAAGUUUGAAGAAUUUUAA